GGUGCUGCAGUGUGGUCAGAGGAGCUGCACCCGAGCCCGCUCCCAGCACCUCGCCGGCACCGUCCCUCUCCCACCAGCACCAUGUCCCGCUGCUCCUGCAGCGGCGGCUCCGGCCGCGCCGGCAGGAGUUUCGGCUCUUCCUCUGUAGCUCUUCCCCGGAACCGCCGCAGUUCCAGCGCUGCCUCGUGUCACCGCGGUGCUGCCGUAGGGAACCGCGGUCCGGGCUGCUCCAGCAGCGGGAGCCUGGACGGCUGCAGGCCCGCGGGAGCUGCUGGACGGCGCCCUCCUCCGAGGCGCGGAUACGGCGUCGGCGCAGCCGGCGCGGGGUUCGGCUGCAGGAGCGCUGGCUUUGGCUGCAGGGCUGGGGGGGCAUCCAGGCCACGCACCAUCACGCCCGUCACCAUCAACGAGCAGCUGCUCCAGCCGCUCUGCCUGCAACUCGAUGCCAACGUACACGCGGUGAAGCACCAAGAGACGGAGCAGAUCAAGACCCUCAACAACAAGUUUGCUUCCUUCAUCGACAAGGUUCGGCUCCUGGAGCAGCAGAACAAGGUCCUGGAGACCAAGUGGAGCUUCCUGCAGGCUCAGAAGCGCCCCGGGCGCAGCGCCGUGCCCGCGCUCCAGGCCUUCAUCGCGCACCUGAAGGAGCAGCUGGAAGCGCUGGGCUGCGACAGAGCCCGGUUGGAGACAGACCUGAAAGCAGCACAGCAGCAGCUGGAAAACAACAGGAAAAUGUACAAGGACGAACGCAGCCGGCGGCCGCGCACCGACAGCCAGUUUGUUGCCCUGAAGAAGGACGCGGGCUGUUUUUUCUUAAACAAAGCGGAGCUGGAGGCCAAGCUGGAAAGCCUGAAAGAAGAGGUUGGGUUCCUGCGAACGUUCUAUGAGGAGGAAACCCGGCAGCUGCGGGCGAACGUCUCGGAGCCUUCGGUGGUGCUGCAGAUGGACAACAGUCGAGAUCUGGACCUGGGCAGCGUUGCUGCGGACGUCAGGGCUCAGUACGAGGACAUUGCCCGCAGGAGCCGGGCGGAAGCGCAGGCCUGGCACGAAAGCAAGUUUGAGGAGCUGCGAGUGACCGCGGGCAGAAACGCCGCCAGCCUGCAGGAGACAAAAACCAAGAUAGCUGAGCUGACACGGAGCAUCCAGACACUGAGCAGAGGCCUCUGUGGAGCCAAGGACCAGCGCCGCAGGCUGGAGGACGCCCUGGCCGACGCCGAGCAGCGCGGGGGAGCGGCCGUCCAGGACGCGAAGCGCAAGCUCUCCGAGCUGCAGACGGCGCUGCAGCGCAGCAGGGCAGAGCUGGCCCGGCAGCUGCGCGACUGCCAGCAGCUCAGCAGCGCCAGGCUGGGCCUGGACAUCGAGAUCGUCACCUACAAGAAGCUGCUGGAGGGCGAGGAGAGCAGGCUCUGUGCGGAAGGCGGCUGCCCCGCCAGCAUCCCCGUUUGCCGCUCGCAGCGGGGUCUCACCCUCCCAGAGCCCGGCUUUGCGAGCGCCCUCAUGUCCCUGAACGGACCCCCAUGCCGGAGCAGCGCGGGGGGCACGGCGCGGAGCCGCGGGGACGGGGCGGGCGGCAGGAGCACCGCGAGCGAGCUCGGGAAGGCGCCGUCCGCGAGCAAGGCGGCCAGGAGCACCGCGUGAGGAGCUGCAGACAGAACCCGCUGGAAACAAGGCAACGCACGCGCUUUUCUGCCAACGCACAGCAACGGGCGGGCUGGAGCCGCAGCGCCUGCUCCCCGGGCUUCACGCCCAUUCUGCACACCUGUGGAUAUGAACACAAAAAAGGGCUUUUCCAUGGUAAAGGGUUUUGCUAUUUCUGCUGGGGACUCCAGGAGUGAGAAGGGCUAAAAUCCCCCUCAUUGCUCCAACUGUGCAGUUCAAACAAGUCGCUUUUGCUGCCGUUCCCUGGUCUUUCCUCUCCUACAGAUUCAAGGAUUAAAAUGAAGUGUGCGAGAGGGCACCUUCUACCUAAGAGUAUUUUCAUUAGAGCUUUAUCCAGCCCAGUUGUCUUGGCAGCUCCCGCCCUGGAUCAACCUGGUUCUAUCAGCCUUUUACAUUACCAUACACCCCUGGCACCAAUUUCAUUGAUUAUUUGCCCCAAAGGACAGACUCAAGGGCUGUUGCUGUUUGAGGGCAGCUCGCUUAUGUACGGGUGUUACCUGUUGUGACACUGAUCCUCAGCUUUCCCUUUCCCUCGGGGUUUUUAACGGUCUGGCUGCUCUGCUGCCACAAACGCCACCGCAGCGGAAGAGCCUGGGGCCCAGCCCAGCGUCAGGGAGAGGGACCGAUCCACCGGCGUGUCUGGCCCUAGGACACAAAGCUCCUCUGUGACCACGCUCACGGCACCCAAACCCAACCCUAAGCGCAUGGGACCAGCACCAAUUGCUUCCCCAGCUGUUCCUUACCUAGUGCACUGGGCUGCUAAAACCCUCUUUGGGGAGGAAAAGGGGAAGCAGGGACUUCUUUCUAAUGAUCUUCUAUCUUAUCAGCAGCUUUCAUCCUAGUGUUAGUCUUGCACCUCCAAUAAACUGACAUAGCAACUCA